AUGAAUAUAACGGACUAUACGGACGGCUGGUACGAGUUUACCGAUAUUAUGCCGACCGCGACGAUAUCUCCUUCUGGUUAUGUUACAUUUGAUGAUAUUAUGUCAACGACAAUGGCUACUACUACAGAGUCAUCAGAUAUAAGAUCAUGGUUAACAAAUUUAGUGCUACAGAGGGCUGCAAUCCAGGGCAGUUUUUGGCAGGGUUUCGUAGCUUCGAUAUCCGUCGUAAUUGUCUCCGAAUUGGGAGAUAAGACUUUCUUCAUAGCUGCCAUUAUGGCAAUGAAACAUCCAAGAGUCAUAGUGUUCGCUGGUGCUAUAUCAGCGUUAGUUUUCAUGACGAUACUUUCGGCAGCCUUUGGGUGGAUAGCCACAGUGAUACCGAGGGUUUACACUCAUUAUAUUAGUGCAGCGCUGUUCGCAAUAUUUGGUUUGAAAAUGUUAAGAGACGGUUGGAAAAUGGACCCCAAUGAAGGCCAAGAAGAAUUGGAGGAAGUUCAGAGUGAAUUAAAAAGAAGAGAAGAUCAGGAAGAUAAAGAGGAGUCUGUGGAUAUGUUAGAAAAGGGUGAAGCAGAAACCCGUCGAAGAAAACGAAAUGCGUUAAUCAAAGUGCUUUUGCAAGCUGCGUCUUUGACUUUUUUAGCGGAGUGGGGAGAUAGAUCACAGUUAGCAACAGUAGUGCUCGCCACUCGUGAAGACGCAGUGGGGGUUGUCGUCGGGGGGUCGUUAGGACACGCCCUGUGUACAGGCCUGGCUGUAAUUGGGGGUAGGAUGGUGGCACAGAAAAUAUCCGUUAGAACUGUUACCAUUAUCGGCGGGCUAGUGUUUCUGUUCUUCGCGGUGAGUGCGCUAGUGAUUGGACCAGGGGAA